ACAGGAGCAUAGCUAGCCACCACACAAGAAUAAUCAACCAACCAUUGGAAAAAUUAAGGCUUGAUUACUCUAAUAUUCAAGCACAACAAACAUUGUCACACUCAAAACAUUAAAGUUCCCUCUCUUAGUUUUUUCCCUAAACAAUUAAAAUCAACUUCUUAUAAAAACAAAACAAAAAACCUUAGAAUCAACUUCUGUCAUGGAAGCCACUAGAGAUGAGCCUGUAACGCCGGCGGGCCGGCUAUUUCUACAGCCACACUUCAACCAAAUAAUCAACUGCGCUAUUGGCUUCAAAGAACCUCUAAAUACAGAGGCCAUAAAAACAGAAAUUUCAGACUGUUUGAUGGUAAAACACCCUAGAUUUUGCAGCCUCUUAGUAUUAGAUGAUCAUGGAAGAGAAUAUUGGAGAAGAACGCAAAUCAACUUAGACGAUCAUAUAAUCAUUCAUCACAAAGACCCGGGUUUCGAUUCCGAUUCCGAUUCCUAUUCUGAGGAAAACAUAGAAGAAAAGAUCAAUUCUUUGUUAGCAGAUUUUGCAGUUUCUUCUCCCUUAAGUACAGAUAAACCCUUAUGGGAAUUACACUUGAUUAGUGAAUUAAAAUGCGUAAUUCUUCGAAUUCAUCAUUCUUUAGGAGAUGGGAUUUCCUUAAUGUCAAUGUUUUUAGCUUCUUGUAAGAGAUUAGAUGGUAAUAAUGAAGUAGGUUUUACUGAGAAAAACAGAGAAAACAGGGGAGAUGCAAAAAAAUUGAGAAAAAGAGGUUUAUUGGAAGUUUUGAAGAUUUUUUGGUGGACCAUACUUUCUGUGAUUGGGUUUUUUGGGAAGAGUUUAUGGGUUAGUGAUACAAAGACCGCCGUAAGCGGCGGAGAUGGGGUGGAGCUGUGGCCAAGGACGGCGGCGACUGCCAAAUUUAGCCUUAAAGAUAUGAAAACUGUCAAAGGAGCCAUCCCUAAUGCGACCAUCAAUGACGUUCUAUUUGGAAUCAUAUCAUCCGGGUUUUCAAAAUACUUGGAUAUUCGAUCAUCUCAUGCUUUGCAGGAGGGGCUUAAAAUCACAGGAAUAGCUAUGGUUAAUUUGAGGAAACAACCUGGAUUACAGGAAAUGUCGAAGUUGAUGGAAGAUGAUUCUCGAGCUAGAUGGGGUAACCAAUUUGGAAUGAUUCUCUUGCCUAUAUAUUGUCAUACAAAAGAUCCAGAUCCUCUAAAUUAUGUAAAGAGAGCUAAGGUGAUGAUCGAUCAAAAGAAACAAUCAUUGGAGGCUCAUUUCUCAUACAAUAUAGGGAACUUAGCAAUGUCCCUCCUUGGACCAAAGUAUGCCAGCAUACUUAAUCACAGGAUUCUUUGCAAUACAACAUUCACAAUUUCAAACAUGGUCGGUCCACAAGAAGAAUUGAUGUUUGCUGGCAACCCCAUCACCUAUAUUAGACCAACAUCCUCUAGCUUGCCUCAUGCGAUAACAAUGCACAUGGUAAGUUACGCGGGAAUGGCUAACAUGCAAAUCCUAGUAGCAAAAGAGAUUGUCCCAGAUCCGCGAUUUCUGGCUAAGUGCUUUGAAGAUGGUUUGCUUGAAAUGAAGAAUGCUGCAAAGAAUGCAGUUAUGUUGUAGUCAUUGAAUUGACGAUUAGCCAACAGAUAAUUGAUUCGUAGAUAGGUGUUAUGGAUUCGAUUCAUACGAAAUGUGUGUGAUUGAUCCUAGAGGAUGCCAUAUUAAGCUGCUGAAAAAAUGCUUAUUUAUUGCUUUUACUCC